AUGACCAUUGAUGUUGAUGAAACGCUGAAAAGAAUCUCCAACAAAAAAGGUGUAAAGGGUGUUGUCAUUUUAAACAGUGAGGGUCAAUCUAUUCGAUCCACUCUAGAUCGUGAUUUAGCAAAACAAUACGGUCAAUUAAUAUCCAAACUCGUGGAACAAGCGAAAACGACAGUACUGGCUCUUGAUGAGCAGAAUGAAUUGACCUUUUUGAGAGUUAGAACCAAGAAGCAUGAAAUUAUGAUUGCUCCCGAUCAUGAAUAUUUACUGAUAGUUAUCCAAAAUCCUGCUGAAGUGAUGCAGCAAUAA